UUGUGUUUUGUUGUCGUUGGGCGGUUAUCUGUUCCUGGUGUUUACAUCCAACCCCGAGAACUUUAACACACUCAACAUGUCUGCCUCCAUAGUGAGGGCGACUGUGAAGGCGGUCAGCAGGCGGAAAAUCCUGCCCACGAGAGCCGCGCUGACUCUGACACCUGCAGCUGUGAAUAAAAUUCAGAUUCUUCUGCAAGACAGACCUGAAUAUAUUGGGCUCAAAGUUGGUGUUCGUACCAGAGGUUGCAAUGGUCUCACCUACACCCUUGACUACACCAAAGAGAAAGACAAGUCUGAUGAGGAAGUGCUUCAAGAUGGUGUCCGGGUUUUCAUUGAGAAGAAGGCCCAGCUGACCUUGCUGGGUACAGAGAUGGAUUAUGUGGAGACGAAGCUCUCCAGCGAGUUUGUGUUUAAUAAUCCCAACAUCAAAGGAACAUGUGGUUGCGGAGAAAGCUUUAACAUUUGAACUGUGUCGCAUGCACAGCUACACUCGUAACCCCCUAUUCUUCUCUGCUCUUCAUACCCAGCGUCAUUUCCAGAAAGUUGGUGGUGACUAAUGUUGGAAAAGAAACUAGACAGAAAGCAUCUAUGAGCAACUCUUGGCAGUGUUGAGUCUGAAGAUCACCUUUAAACCGUCGCAGCCCAGUAAGCUGAGGUCUUGAUGUGUGUACGUUUAUAAAGUUAUAUGCACUGCAGGGUCAGUAUUUAUUUCCUUGCAUUUAGUAUUUAAUUUUUUAAUUUGCUGUUUUUCUGUACCUGUUUUAGUUUGGCUAGAAUUAAAAAUGACCAUAAUCAUUUGGCCAAGAUGUUGUGGAUCAGCCAAGACACGCAUGAUAUUUAUUUUUGUGUGUAGUACGAAAAGUGCUAAGCUGAUGUUGCUAACAAACUCUGGACUUGUAUGGUCACCAAUCUAAUGUUUAAACAAACAUUCUGUAAAACCCUGCUCAAAAUUCAUCCCAAAUGUAAUUUAUUUGGCACAGACAAAUGUAUGUGAUUCUGAACACAGUAUAACCUACUCUAGUUUACGAACACACACAAUUAGUCUACAACCUAUUUCUCUGCGUAGCUAAGUGUAACUUUCAAAAAUAACAAUUUAAGUGAUAAAUCAUGCUAAUUAAAAAAUUCUUUCCCCUUUAAUGUAAAGUAAUGUCACAAUUGGAAUUUGAGAAGGCUGUGUGUUCCCCCUUUACAACAGUUAAUCUGUUUACUUGAGUCACAAUUUAAAAUUUAAUACAAUUGUUUCUUAUUCCAAUUCACUGUUAUCCUAAGUAAUGUAACUUACAAAUUGUUCUAUUUACUCAAAGGUGUCUUGCACAUCACUGCCCUGAGAGUUAAAUGCUUAAGGUCAUGUAGAUGUUCUAUGGGGAAAAACUGAGUGGGAUUAGUUUAAUGUUUCUUUCAACUCUCAGCACAGGAGGAGAUUACCUUUUCAAUAGUGUCUUUGAUGCUGCUCAGUCUGUGUGAAGUCAUACGUGUAUGUAAAAACUGAGGAUGGUAUAUGUAUAUGUAUAUGUAGAAAGAAUGUAAAAACCCUGUCUUUUAACGCACAAUAAAUGUACAAUUAUAUGAAUAAA